UAUAUAAGUGCGCUCGCGAGCUAGCGCGCGCCGCACUCAGCCGCAAUUUUUUGCCACGGUGAGACCGGUGAGAGUAGAGUUGUCGUGUGCGUUUCUUUUUCCCCAAAAAUAGGCCACAUAACCUAUGAUCAUUCCAUAAGGCUAUGUGCUAAUUCUCCCUGAAAAACCCCAAAAAAACGUAAAAACCUGUAAACUUGUGCAACGUAGAUUUGUGAAAAUCGCAAAAAAAAUCGCAAAACCACCAUCAAGACCUUGGUGACAAAGGGAGAGAGGAAGUAAGGAAAGUGAACACGAGCGGAGAGUGCGAGCGACGCUGCUAUUCGCAUAGAGAGAGAGAGAGAGAGAGAGAGAGAGAAAAAAGUGAGAAGAGAAACGGAGGGAGAGAAUCCAUCUGGGUAGCCACAAGCACGCAAAGAAGAAAAAAAAAACGUUUGAACGUACUUACGUACGCACGCACGCACGAGGCCGACGAAAGCUGGACGAGUGAAGAAGAAAACGUGCGAGGAGGAAACGCGUGAGAAAGUGCGACGAGAGGCGCGCGGGUAGGGCUAAGAAAGAAAAUCGAAGCGUGAUUGUCGCCGUGCGACGCGGAAGAAGGUCGCUCCGUCUCUCUCCUUCCAACGAGACACUCUACUACUACCGCCGCCAUGAAUCCUGGAGCGCCCAACUACCCCAUGGCCUCGCUUUACGUGGGCAAUCUGCACACCGACAUCACCGAGGCGAUGCUGUUCGAGAAGUUCUCGACAGCUGGGCCCGUGCUGUCGAUACGCGUGUGCCGCGACAUGAUCACCCGCCGCUCGCUCGGCUACGCAUAUGUCAACUUUCAGCAACCGGCUGACGCUGAACGCGCCCUUGAUACUAUGAACUUUGAUAUUAUAAAAGGGCGGCCUAUUCGGAUCAUGUGGUCCCAGCGCGAUCCCUCCCUACGCAAGUCUGGCGUCGGAAAUGUAUUUAUCAAGAACUUAGAUAAAAACAUAGACAAUAAAGCGAUGUAUGAUACAUUUUCGGCAUUCGGUAAUAUACUCAGCUGCAAGGUUACGCAAGACGAGACAGGCGCAUCAAAGGGUUACGGUUUUGUUCAUUUCGAAACGGAAGAAGCGGCCAAUAAAUCCAUUGAGAAGGUCAAUGGAAUGUUGCUAAAUGGCAAGAAGGUGUACGUUGGCAAGUUCAUCCCGCGUAAGGAACGCCAGAAGGAGCUGGGUGAGAAGGCCAAACUAUUCACGAAUGUCUAUGUAAAGAAUUUCGGCGAAGAUAUGUCCGAUGAUAAGCUGAAGGAGAUGUUCGAGAAGUACGGGACCAUUACAAGUCACAAAGUCAUGAUCAAAGAUGACGGUAAAUCACGUGGUUUUGGAUUUGUUGCGUUUGAGGAUCCGAACUCUGCAGAGCAAGCGGUGCACGAUUUGAAUGGCAAGGAGAUCGCCGAGGGCAAGUGUAUGUACGUUGGACGAGCCCAGAAAAAAGCCGAACGCCAACAGGAGCUCAAACGAAAAUUCGAGCAGCUAAAGCUUGAACGCAUGAAUCGAUAUCAAGGUGUGAAUUUGUACGUAAAGAACUUGGACGAUACGAUCGACGAUGAGCGUCUGCGUAAAGAAUUUACGCCGUUCGGCACGAUCACGUCCGCGAAGGUGAUGAUGGAUGAAGGACGUAGUAAAGGAUUCGGUUUUGUAUGUUUUUCGCAACCGGAGGAAGCUACCAAGGCAGUUACCGAAAUGAACGGACGUAUCGUAGGUUCCAAACCUCUCUAUGUCGCUUUGGCACAGCGUAAGGAAGAUCGCAAGGCGCAUCUCGCCUCGCAGUACAUGCAACGCAUGGCGAACAUGCGCAUGCAGCAGAUGGGUCAGAUAUUCCAUCAGCCUGGUAAUGCCAGCAGUUACUUUGUACCUACGCUGCCGCAACCACAGCGAUUUUAUGGACCCGCGCAGAUGGCACAGAUUCGUGCUACUCCACGCUGGCCGGCUCAGCCAAAUCAAGUACGUCCGAACGCGCAGGCUAGCAAUUCUGGAUUCGCCUCGAUGCAAGCUGCACCAUUCCGAGCGGCGCCACGCGCUCCUGCCGCGCAGGCCGGCACCUUACGUAACAACAUGUCUGCCAGACCUAUCACAGGUCUGCAAACAGUUGGUGGUGCCAACUUGCAGAACCGUUCCAUGGCCGGACCCGCCGUUGGUGUGUCGCCCGGUCAGAGCCGUCCAUCGAAUUACAAAUACACCGCAAACAUGCGCAACCCACCGCAAGCGGCCAUGGCUAUACCUACUCCGAGUGGUCCUUCGGUACAGCAAGCAGUUCACAUUCAGGGUCAGGAACCGCUCACCGCGUCGAUGCUAGCCGCGGCGCCACCGCAGGAACAAAAGCAAAUGCUGGGCGAACGAUUAUUCCCUCUGAUCCAAUGCAUGCAUCCGGAACUGACCGGCAAAAUCACUGGUAUGUUGCUGGAAAUCGAUAACAGCGAACUGCUUCACAUGCUGGAGCACAAGGAAUCCUUGAAGGCCAAGGUCGAGGAAGCCGUGGCCGUAUUACAGGCUCAUCAGGCCAAACAAGCGGUCGCGCCGAAAAAGGAAUAAGUGUCACGUCGAUAAUCUUCAUAAUAAGUGAAAAUGUGAAUUUGGAAAAAUUUUCAAUUGGACUCCUGUGUAUGUGCGGUGUUAUCAUAAUGCUGUUUAAUUUUAUUUUUCUGAAUUUAUGAAAUUUAAUUCGGUAUGUUUAUAUAAUGGAUUUACUUUCCAAGACACAAGUGAUUUCAAGAUGCCGCUUGGGAAGAUACUCAUUGGGAAGGAAUGCAUGUUCUUUUUACAGUGUAAAACUGAGAAAGAAAUCUCUUCGUAUUCGGCAUAUUAGAAUACAGAGAGUUAUGGAAAUGUUUUCUGAAUUAGGUCUUGUUUGCUUAUUGAGAGAAACGGUAUAUGAAAAGAUUAUCUAGAAUUUUAAGAUAAUAAAUUUUUCUUUCAAGGUAUAUACACAA